AUGCGAGCUCCCAUAGAAGUCAAUUCAGAAAAUGAGAGUGACGUAUGGUUUACCUUGUAUGAAAAUCAUCCUUCUAACGUUUCUAAAUGUAUAUUCGCUGUAGGAGAUGUGGUACGUGUUUCCAAACUAAAGCUUACUUUCGAAAAAGGCUAUGAAACCAAUUGGACGGAAGAACUAUUUGUGGUGACAGAGUGUGUUAAAAGACAUCCAGCUGUGUAUAGAAUUAAAGAUUUACUUGGAGACUCAGUAAAAGGAACGUUUUAUGCACAAGAGUUGCAGAAAGUGAGACUGAAAGAGGAAUAUCGCAUUGAAAAAAUUUUAAAGAAACGUAUACAUAAAAAUCAGACAGAAUACUUUGUAAAAUAUCGCGGUUAUCCCGACAAAUUCAAUCAAUGGAUUCCAGCUUCUAAUUUACUCUCGAUAUAA